AUGCACGGAAACACAUCGAAUGCCUCUCCGGCACGAACGUACGGUCCCAUCCUUGGCUGCUGCGCGUAUGCGACCUUCGUGGGCGAUGGUGCGGAGUACGCGUGCGCCGCUCGCGUGUGGGCGCAGAGUGUGCUGGAGACGGGCACCGCCCACCCGGUGGUCAUCGUAGCCACGACUCAGAUGCACGGCGGGCUGGGCAACCUGUCCGGGCAGGUACGACUUGCGCACUACCCGCCCGCACCCUCGCGCGGCAAGCACAACUUCGCCGUCACCUUCGGUAAGCUGUGGGCGGGCCAACUACCGUACGCGCGCGUCGUCUACGUGGACGCGGACACCCUGGUGCUGCGCAGCCUCGACCACCUCUUCGCGCUCGGACCGAAGGUGGCCCUCGGCGCGCCGCGAGCCUACUGGCUGCCGCAGCCCUUCUUCCAGAGCGGAGGACCCAUGCUCAUCAACACGAGCAGCAAGCGCUUUAGCGGCGCGCUGCGGCAACAGCUACCUCCCCGCUACGCGGGGGAGAUGGAUUGGCUCAACGAGGUGUACGGCCACUCGCCACACUUCUCAUGGGACGCCGUCGCCGGCGAGUACGCGAUGCUCAUCGGCGAGUACAUCCCCUCCGACCGAAUCUACCUCUACUGGACGCGCAGGCACCGCUAG